AUGGAGAAGCGCUUCGUGCGCGUGGACACGAAAGAGAGCACGCUGCCCCCCAUGCUGGUCGGGAGCACCACCUCGGGGUUCGUGUUCGCGAUCGACCUCGCUAGCGGGGACGAGCUGUGGGCAACCUGGGCCGCGAAUGAGACCGCUGGCGUGAAGGGGGCUGUGGCUUGCAAGGGCGGAGUCGUUGUGGCAGCAACCAACCGCUGCGUGGACAGGUACUGCUACAGGUACCGCAACCAGACCUACCCCCUCACGCCAGGCAAUCAGUACGUGCGCGGCCUGAGUGCGGUUGACGGCGCCGCCCUCUGGGAAUACAAGACUUUCCAGCCAGUCUGGAACAUGGUUCCGCUGUGGGGCCAGGGCACCAGUGUGUUCUUUCAGGAUUGGGAGGGCAGGGUUUAUUGCCUAGACUAUGUGACUGGCAACGAAAUCUUUAGGGUCGGUGGCGACAUCGGGACCCACUCCCAUGCACACGCCGUUUACGAUCCGGGCCACAACGUCGUCGUUGCCCUGGGCGUGAAGCACUACACCGCGGGCCGCUGCAAUCCUUAUCCAGCGCCUGGCAUUGCCCCUUCAUGCGGGACGUGGCCGGGCACAGAGGGCUUCAUCCGCGGCUACAACGCCAGUUCCGGCAGGAAGCUCUGGGAUGUAUCGACGCCAGAGCCGCCGGCCAGCGCCGCCAUGGGCAUGCUCAACUCCCCUGAGAUGCACAUCCGCUUGGUGGUCACCCUGGGCUACAAUUGUUACCUCGGUGCCACCUCCAAGAUCUGGGGCCUCGAUCCAAACAACGGCGAUUUGCGGUGGAGCAUUGGAGGCCCGACGUUGUGGACCACCUAUUGCGCAGGCGACAAGGAGGGUGCCGAAAUCCGCCGGGCCAUGGGCGGCCGUGAGAAGUGUUCGCCGAAUAGUUGGUCCAUGCCCGCGAUCGAUGCGCUGGGUGACGUGUACAUUGGCAGCCAGGUCGGCGAGCUGCAGAAGUUGGGCUCUGCGAGUCCGGGGCCUGCAGGCUCUGGCGCUGGCCACAGGGUCGAGCUGCUUUCGACGUUGACAACUGGCGUGGCCUUCCAGGAUGCAGCUAUCGCGUUCGGCCAGGGCGUCAUGGCCGUAUCCACGUGCACUUCACUCAUUGUCUUCCAGUCCUACGCAGAGACCUUCCCCCAAAACGGGACUUGGGCUGUUUCACGCAGUCAAUACCCGUCGAGUUCCGACAUGGUCCAUGGAGACGAUGUGUCGCACAAGAUUUCAGAAGAAAGUCACGCGGGCAUCUCAGUGACCCCAAGUAUUGACAUCUGA